AUGGCUGACAAUGCACGUCAACAGAACCUCAAUUUAACCGCUGAAGAGAAACGAGUCUUCUACCAGCUUUUCCAAGCUGCCGACACAACAAAUCUCGGUGUCAUCACAGGCGAGAUUGCCGUCCCGUUCUUCGAGAAGACCAAGCUCUCUCCGGAAACCCUCGGAUUGAUAUGGCAAAUUGCCGACAAGGAAAACAGGGGGCUCCUGACCCCGUCCGGGUUCGGAAUCGUGUUGCGCUUGAUUGGACACGCCCAGGCUGGUCGUGCGCCAACGGAUGAAUUGGCUUCACAACCCGGUCCAUUACCUAGGUUUGACGGCCUGCCUAUUGAUACUACAAGCCCUACUCCACGCGAUGCGGGCGCAAGUAGUCCCCAACCUGCCCCUGGAGCUGGCAUUCGAGUUCCACCCUUAAACCCCGAUGAUGUCAACAAGUUUGUUUCGCUUUUUGAGAAGUCAGAUGUUACUAGAAGCGGGAGUAUCUCUGGCGAUGCCGCGAAACAAAUCUUUGAGCGCGCGAGGCUUCCGAACGAAAUUCUUGGCCGGAUAUGGAACUUGGCCGACACCAACAAAAGAGGCGCGUUGGAUUGCACUGAGUUCAUUAUUGCUAUGCACUUACUCACGUCGUAUAAAUCUGGUGUCAUGAGAGGGAUUCCCCAGACGCUACCUCCAGGACUGUAUGAUGCAGCCGCCCGACGAGGCGGUGGGCGCGCCUCGAUGAGUGGUUCCAGGGCCGGACUCGAUGUCCCUCCUGUACCCGCUAUCCCUAGACAAUUUACUGGACCCCAGCGUACGCAGAGCCCGAUCAACAGACAACAGUUUGGCUCUCCCCUCUCGGCGCAGUCGACGGGCGGUGACUGGCUUGUCACCCCUGCGGAGAAGCUCCAGUUUGACAACUACUUCAACACUGUCGAUACCACGAGGUCCGGAGUCAUAAGCGGCGACCAAGCAGUUGCGUUUUUCACAAAAGCUCAGCUCCCUGAAGAGACCCUCGCUGUGAUCUGGGAUCUCGCCGAUAUUGACGCUGACGGUCAACUGACAAGAGAUGAAUUCGCUGUUGCCAUGUAUCUGAUUCGCCAGCAGUUCACCGGCAAAGCGCCCCUGCCACAGACCUUGCCUCCGGCACUUAUCCCCCCGGGUAUGCGUCGACCAGGCUCUGCGCAGGCCGUAGCACCCGCCCCGGCACCUGUUCCCCCGCCUCCUGCUCCCGUUCGUACCGCCGCAGACGAUCUAUUCGGCUUGGAUCCGUUUGCAACUGCGCCAGCAGCUCCUAUCCCUGCGCCUGCGCAGAUACCGCAGUCCACUGGCAACUCAAAUGCUCCUUUCGCAACUCCGAGCUCGCCAGGCCCUCAGACGUCACCACCGGGAAGUGCAACAACCUUCAAACCGUUCAUUCCCACAUCAUCCUUCGGCCAAAGCCUUCAGCCGCAAACAACUGGCGCCUCUUCGGUCCCAUCAACGGCUCGAUCUCCACCUCAGCCUUCGGACGACCUUCUCGGGGACAAUGAUCCUGAGGAGUCUAGCAAGCUGACGCAGGAAACCACCGAGCUAGCCAACCUUUCGAAUCAGAUCGGCUCUCUCGCGAACGAGAUGCAAAAUGUCCAGACAAAGCGAACGGCUACCGAGCAGGAAUUGUCCCAAACCUCUCAGCAAAAGCGCGACUUCGAGACUCGCCUCGCUCAGGCCAGAGUAAUGUACGAGCAGGAAGUGAAGAAUUUCAAGGCUUUGGAGGAGCGUCUGAGGGCAUCAAAAGCUGAGACGAGUAAGCUCCAGCAAGAAUACGCUUUGCUCGAUGGAAGCAGACAGGAUCUUCAGAACCAAUACAAUCAAGUCUCUGCCGCUCUCGCAGCCGAUCAACAGGAAAACGCGAGCCUGAAGGAGAAGAUUCGGGAGGCUAACGCAGCUGUGGCGCAGUUGAAACCCGCAUUAGAGAAAGCUCGCUCGGACGCCCGUCAGCAGAAGGGCCUCGUUGCCAUCAAUAAAAAGCAACUAGCAACUGUGGAAGGGGAGCGUGACAAGAUCCAAGACGAGAUUAACACUGUGUCCGCUGAGCAGCCCACGGAGUCCGAAGAAGUCUCUGCUCCUGUCAGCAAUCCACCUGCUAUCACAAGCCCUGCUGCUUCUACUACUAGCCAGAACACGAACCCGUUCUUCAAGCGUACAAUGACUGGUUCAAGUGAUAACAACGCCACGUCCCCGCAGAUCACCAACGACCAGCAGCGUACUUUUGACAGUCUCUUUGGCCCUUCCUUUGGCGCACCUCCAGCCACGGCCGUGACUCCUCCACCACCUACAUCCUUCCGUGCUGAUUCACAGGCGGAUUCGGCGAGAUCUCUGGGUGGCUCGGGUAUACCAACGCCUUCCGUUUCCCCUCCUCCCUCGUCUGCUGGUGCAUUUGGCUCGGAGCCACCAGCUGUUACUAUUUCCAGGCAGAUGACGCCCAAUGCUCUUCCUUUGACUGACGCACACUCAGAAACCACGUCAACCAAGGUUUCUCCGCCUGGUAGUCGAUUUGGUACGCGCGAUGUUUCUAGUAUUGGAUCUCCUUCUCAGGCCGGUGGCAGCGAGAGUCGUGCUGCCUCCGCAUCACCUUUCGACGAAUCUGAGGACCGGUUCCCAGCAAUCCCUGGAGCAUUUGAAACUCCCUCGCGCACUGCCACAUCGCUUGGUAGCGAAGAGAAACCAGCUGACACGAAGGAUCCGAGUUUCGAUGAGCUGUUUGGUGGCCCCGCACAUCAACGGUCUAAAUCACAACAGAACAAUGAUUUCGAAGAAGCUUUUGCCGCUAUGAAGGGACCAGGCACAGACAAAACCAACGGUGCUCCCGAGUCAGAAUUCCCUCCAAUCCGUGAGAUUGAUGACGAUGACGACGAUGACGACGAGAGCACGGACAGUGAGGCGCAGCUUGGCUUUGAUGAUAACUUUACUCCUGUUCACCCUCAAGGUCAGGGAGUGCCCAAAUCUGAUGCUAUUGAGCCAGCGCAACUUGCCGCAUUCCCAACCCCAGGUUCGUCUACUAGUUCGCCUCUUCCUCCGCCUCCAGCCGAGUCGCAACCUAGCCCCCCGAAAUACGAUGAGAGCACAAAUAAACAGUCCGGCGAUCUCCCCCCCGAGUUUAGUGGAUUGCUUCCAAACAGAGCCGACCCGACCGUUGCUCCGGAUGCUCCUCAUUCUGUUGAGACUGGCACUGGGGCGCCUAUUGUCGGGGGUGAAGCUCAGCACAAGGCCUCCCCCGCUGCAGAGGCUCAAGCUGGGAGUAAGGCCCCUGACUUCGAGGCAGCCUUUUCCGGAUUGAACCUGGCGCCUGCAAAAGAAGCGGAUGACGAUGACGAUGAUGAUCUGGAGAAAUCAGACAGCCAGAAUAACAACAAUGGCAACAUGGAUUUCGACUUCUCGUUUGAUUCUUCCCCAGCUCAACAGCAGAAGCCGGCCGCCACUGGUGCUGAUUUCUUCUCUUUCGACCAAAAUGUUAACACCUCGUCUCCGGGCCAAGCCAACCCCGCUGGAAAGCCAGACAACCACGACUGGGACGCACUCUUCGCCCCGCUGGAUAAUGUUAAAUCACCCGCUGGUGAGGGCACAAACGGAACCCUCUCUACCGAGAUUUCCGCGCCCAAGCAGCCUGGCUGGGCCCUCCAGAAUGAGACUCAGGAUGAUCCCAAUCUUCAACGACUGACGGGCAUGGGAUUCCCGCGAGAUGCCUCUCUUGCCGCUCUAGAGAAGUUCGACUAUAAUAUCGACAAGGCAAUCGAUCAUCUCACAAAGUCAUAA